AAAUGAAAACAGCUCAAAAUGCUUCACAUAAAGUCUCUGUUCACAAUCACAAUCAACCACCAAAUCCUAAAAUUGGUAAAUAUCACUACGCCAUGUUUUUAAGUAGUUAUGGCUCACCUAUCUAUCUAACUUAAUAUAAAGUUGAAUACAUUUCUUUAAUUUGUUAUUGGAUUUAUGUUGUAUUUACAGUUGCUUUUGAUACAUAUCCUGCUUAGAAUGUAGUCACAGAUAAAAUUAAAUUUGAUCCGAGAAUUCCUUAUGUAAUAUAUUGGGGACCUACUUACAUCUACUUAGCAUUGAGUGUUUAUGCUAUAAGUACAUUCCUAGGUAGCUUUAGAAGUUGGAUAUAAAUCUUUGGAAUCUUGGUUUAUUUGUGGCAUCUAGCUUAUUUCAUAGUAUUUUGGGCUGCUCCAAGUGUUAUGCUUCCCAAGGUUAUAAAUUAUAAUAAUAGAAGUCUGUGGACAAAUUUUAAGCCAGUGCUGGGUACUAUUGGACAGAACUGAUGUUAAAUUUAAUUAUGAUCAUUAUUUAAUGUGGUAACACUUAAGCAACCAUGAAUUAUCCAGCUUAUUUACAAAAUUAUGUCACUAAAGUUAAUAAUGACAUAGUUGAAUAUUUGGCUGUUGAAGAUGUAGAAGAAUUAAAUCAUGAGACAACUCCUAUAAAAGCUUAAACACCAAAUCAGAAAUCCCAAAUCUAAUCCCAAAAACAAAUACAAGGAUGAAUC